UCAGCUGUCACCGCCGGAAGUUGUGAUAUUUACUCAUAAGUUGUUUUCAGAAAUAAGACGUCAAAUCACCAUUGUACCUUCAAGUGACAUCGGGAAGAAAAAAGAAUGUUUUUCAAGAUGAAUAUAGCGCUAGUGUUCAUAUUCAUGAUUUUUGGCAGCGUUUCAGCGUCUGGAAACGGUACGGCAGAUACUCCAACCACCUUUAAACCAACCACCCCCAAGGCAGUACCAACCAGCCAGCCUACCCCAGUGUCAACCCCUUCACUCCAAGAAGUGUGUAUGAGCAGAAAUUCCAGUUGUGAAACUUGUUUAAAGGAUGCUAAGUGUCUUUGGUGCAAAACCAACAGUAAAUGUGUUCCUUAUCCAACGGGAGAUGUCCUGCCUAAAUCAUCCUUAUGUUCUCUCUCUGAGGCUCGCUGGGGAGUAUGUUGGGUGAACUUUGAGGCGCUGAUCAUUGCUAUGGGGGUGAUUGGAGGAAUCAUCCUGCUGGCUGUGCUUGUGUGUAUCUGUUGUUGCUGCUGCUGCAAGAAAGACAACAAAAACAAGUAUGCCAAAGAAGAUGAAAAGUGGGAGAGAAAGAAGAAAGACAGACAAGAAAAAUCAGCAGAAAAGCGAGCAGAGCGGAAAGCUAAAACUGAUGAGAUUCGCCGUAAAUAUGGGCUGAUGAAAGAUGACAAUUAUCAGAGAUUUGAUAAUGAGGAAGCCUAAGUAAAAUGGGACACAAGCUGAAAGCCAGGAGAACUCCACAACAUUAAAUCGAAGAACAAUUGGUGUUGAGUAAUAUGUUCCAAAUGAAGGAAAUACAUUGCAAGAAUUUCUAUGAAGAAAAAGAGUUCAAUAUAACUCUGAAUUUCUCUUGUGUGGUUUAUGAUUUUUUCAUGUGUUUUUGGUUUUGAUUUGAAAAAAAAAUCCAUUUAAAAAUUAAAAUAACAUAGAUGUUUUUGUAAGUUUCUGAAAAAUGAAAUUAUUAUUAAGUUAUCACCUUUACAGGGUGUUUAUAAAGUUCAUUCCAUGAUCAAAAUCAGUGGAAAUUGAAUCAACCCUUGCUUAUUGAUAAGUUUGAGAUUUCUUUGUUAAUUUGUUAAUUCUUUUUUUGAAGGGGGGGGGGGGUGUUCUUGAAAAAUUUAUUGUUGUAGAGUUUUUGUUCAUUUUUGAUGUUGAAAUGUAGAUGUUGAUCUUCACCCUGUACAUUUAUUAGCGAGUAACAUUUUACACCUUAAACAUCAUUUGCCUUACAUACCUGGUCAACAUUUAUGUACGGUCCAUCAAUUUACCGGUAUAUCCAUUUGUAUCCAUGAAAUAAUUAUUUUUUCUUCCUCCGAUGGUGCUUUUCUGAUAUGAAAUUGAUGUAACAAGAUUUAUUUUGCACAUGGGUAUAUUUUUUGAAAAACAGAUAUUAUUUAAUAUACAUGCUUAUGAAUAAAUUUAAUUUAGACAGAUGUGAAAUACAAUGCUCACAGGUGGAUAGUGAAUAGUUGGUUUAGUUUUGUAGCAUGUCGGUAUCAUUUAUUUAAACCUUUAAAUUGUAUCAGAUUCUGUAUAUAUUUUUUGAAUAUGUACGUGUACCUAUAUUUUUGUGGUUGUCUAUUUAUCUUUCUCCUCAGUUUUCAGGGCCAUGUUUUACAAAAGAGCUUACGACUUACGACCAGAUACCUCUGGGUUGAUUAUAUUCAUAACUUCGUUAUAAUUAUAAAACGGCCAUGUAAAUUCAUAAAUAGUUUAGAUAUUUUCAAAGUUUUUUGUUAAGUUUCAGAAUGACAACAUUUUAAUUUUAACGUGGGUUACUUAAAAAUGCAUCAAUCAAUUUCCAGCUAUAGAUGUUUUGUUCCAAGAUACAGACUUUCACCCAGUGUAUAUAAUUCUGAAUCAUGAGUGUAGGAGUCACACUCUUCCUUAAUAUGCCCACAUUCCACAUUGAUUGUGCUUUUGUAACAACUUCUUUUUUUCAAUUUAAUUAAAACAAACUGGUCUUAAUAUUAUUUACUUGUGUUGAUGUGAUAUUUAAAGAGGAUCGGUUGAUUUGUAAAAUGAAAUUUUCUUGAUAAUAUUUUUUCAUAACUGAGAAAUGUUUUGACCUGUACACAUAACAGAUUUUUUUUUUCUCUUGACCAAAAUAUCAACCAAGAAAAAUCCAGUGAAAGGCAUGAGGAUUAUCUAAAUUUAUCUUCUAAUAUUAGUUUCAUAUUUUUAUGAAUGUAAAUUUGUGAAUAGCCAGAUGUUGCAGAGAGAGAGAGAGAGAGAGAGAGAGAGAGAGAGAGAGAGAGAGAGAGAGAGAGAGAUUGUGGGAAUUUUACACUUGUAUGAUUUAUUCAAUUAUCAGUAAACUUUUGAACUUUUUUGGAGAAAAAAUUUCCUUGUGUCUUAGAUUUUUAAUGUCUCAAGUUGUCUUUUCUAUGUAAUUCUAUCUGGUACUUUAUGAAAAUUGAAAGUAAAAUUUAAAAGGGAUACAUAUCUUUAUCAUAAUUUAAAUAUUUUACAAUGUAACAAAAGUGAUGACAUUUUUUUUUCUUUUUAAUAAUUUAUGAUAUUAUCUCAAUAAGAAAUAAAAUUUAAUGGUCACCUUUAAAGUACAUGUACCGGUAUUUCAAAUUGUGAAUAUUUUUCCUCAAAGUACAUUUUUCUAAAUGUUGGUGACUUAUUUUGAAAUUUUACUUGAUUGCAAGUUAUGAUCACAAUAAACAUUUUCAUCAUUUUA